UACAGGCGGAGAGCCGAAGACUAAGCUUCGGAGGCCGAACAUCCGGCCUGUUGGGAGGCGCAGGAGUGGGAGAUCAGGAUAAAGGCAGCGCUGCUGGCUUUGGUCACGGUCGCGGUUAGCUCCCAGCCCCGGAGCCGUCCCUGGCUUCGGAGCAACCAGCGGCUCAGCUGAAUGAUACACGGAAGAGGGGAGAGCAAACAUCCCCGCCCCGGCCUCCAGCGCGCAGAGCGCGGCAGAACCGGCAGCCCGGACCAUGAGCGCCCAGCAUUUCUGGGACCAGUUGCGGGCGGGCAGCUCGGAGGUGGACUGGUGCGAGGAUAACUACACCAUCGUGCCGGCCAUCGCCGAGUUCUACAACACGAUCAGCAAUGUCUUGUUUUUUAUUUUGCCGCCCAUCUGCAUGUGCUUAUUCCGUCAAUAUGCAGCAUGCUUCAACAGUGGCAUAUAUUUAAUAUGGACACUACUUGUUGUUGUUGGAAUUGGAUCAGUUUACUUCCAUGCAACAUUGAGUUUCCUGGGUCAGAUGCUUGAUGAACUUGCUAUUCUCUGGGUAUUGAUGUGUGCACUGGCCAUGUGGUUCCCCAGAAGGUACUUACCAAAGGUCUUUAGAAAUGACAGGGGUAGGUUCAAAGCUGUGGUUUGUGUCCUGUCUGGAGUCACCACUUGUCUUGCAUUUGUGAAACCGGCCAUCAAUAAUAUCUCUCUGAUGACCUUGGGCAUUCCUUGUACAGCACUGCUCAUUGCAGAACUGAAAAGAUGCGACAACAUACGGGUAUAUAAAUUAGGCCUUUUCUCAGGUCUUUGGUGGACCUUAGCUCUCUUCUGUUGGAUCAGUGACAGGGCCUUUUGUGAGCUCUGGUCUUCCUUCAACUUCCCCUAUCUGCAUUGUGUGUGGCAUAUCCUCAUUUGUUUGGCUGCCUACCUGGGUUGCGUCUGCUUUGCAUACUUUGAUGCUGCUUCGGAGAUCCCAGAGCAAGGUCCUGUCAUCAAAUUCUGGCCUAGUGAAAAAUGGGCCUUUAUAGGAGUUCCCUAUGUUUCCCUCCUGUGUGCCAACAAGAAAUCUCCGGUCAAGAUCACAUGAUGUAAAGUUCAGCAGCUUUGGAUUUUUUUUAUUUAUUUUUCCUCACUUAACUGUGCUUAGUUAAUGAUCAUGACAGCUAGGGAGACUUGAGCCUCUUUGUAUUUGUUUGGGUUUUUUCACUCCUAUAUGUUUGAAACUCGAAAGGUUUCAACUGCAUAUAUUAAGAAAUGCAUUUUUUUUUCCUUUAAGAAAUGCUUUUUUUUUUUUUUUUCCCUUUCUCUCAGAAAGGAGGAAGGUUGCGUUUUGGUGUGGGGUUGUUGUUUUUUUUUUAAGCCUGAAAAUGCUGACAACUAGAAUUUAGGUUGGCUCUGGUUUUAGCUUUUUCAGGCUUUAUUUUUAGAUGUCCACUGUUCUUACUACUGGCUCGUGAAUCUUAAAACACUGUGAUAGUAGCAUGUCUUGUUAGACCAAAGCAACAGACUGGCAACUCCUGGGAUGGAAUGUUUGUUAAAUGUAGACCUUCCUUCCCUUCUCUGUCCCACCCAUUCAUUAUUUUUUUCAGAAUUCUUAUGGUUGGAACUGACAAACAAAUGUACCCUUGGACUAAAUCUCUAUUUUUAUUCCAGAGAUUUUCAUUGGAGGAAACCUGUCUAGGAAGAGUCAUAUAAAAGCCUUGUAGGAAAUUAAUUUUUAAUCAUAUUUCACAAAACUUAGAUUUUAAGUAAAGUUAGAAAUAUUUUUAUUAUUUAUGCUAAAAGUCAUAGAUUUUAAUCACAAAUCUCACAAAACCUAGGUUUUAAGUAAAGUUAGAAGUAAUUUUUAUAAUUUGUGCUGAAAGUCCUAGAUUCAGCUUCUAUAUUUGGUCAAAUUUAAUGGGGAAAAAGUUACCAUCAUCAAACUAUUCUUUAAAAUGAGCUCAACUUCUUUCAUAUUUUUUCUCUUUUGAUCCCUUUUCCCCAGCUCAUAACACACAAA